AAUAAUUUCUUCACCUUCUUUAUAUAGAGAAGCAAGUGCCAAGUGGUAAGCUAGAAAAAGAGAGAGAAGGAGAGGGAGAGCCAAAUCAAAACACAAUGAUGUUCUCUACUUGUUCACAAUCAUCAUCACCACCACUAUAAUCAAAUCAAAUUGUGUGUUUGUUUGUCUUUGUUUCAAUGCAGAAAAACCCAUCGAAGAAAUUCCAAACAUGAGGCAUCUAAGAAAGAACAGCUUCAAACGUCUCUUUUCGUUUUCAAAACUUGUAGAGGAUAAUAGUAACGAGAACAAGAAAGAAUCCAAGUCUGUAUUACCAAGUACGCAACAAUCUCAAAAACCCACAUGGACAUGUUUCUCUUUUGAUGAAAUCUUUGAUGCAACUGAUGGUUUCAGUAAAGAGAACUUGGUCGGGAGAGGUGGGUAUGCUGAAGUGUACAGAGGAGUUAUGAAAAAUGGGGAAGUGAUUGCUGUUAAGAGAUUAACAAAGGCUUCAACUGAUGAAAGAAAAGAGAAAGAAUUUCUACAAGAGAUUGGUACAAUUGGUCAUGUUCAUCAUCCAAAUGUAUCUUCGUUGCUGGGUUGUUGUCUUGAUAAUGGACUUUACCUUAUCUUUGCAUUCUCAUUACAUGGUUCUGUUGCUUCUGCUCUUCAUGACGAGAAUUCACCAUUGAUGAGUUGGAAAACAAGGUAUAAAAUCGCAGUUGGAACGGCACGAGGUCUACAUUAUUUGCAUAAAGGGUGUCAAAGAAGAAUAAUUCAUAGAGAUAUCAAAUCCUCUAAUGUUCUACUCACUGCUGAUUAUGAGCCUCAGAUUUCAGAUUUUGGGUUGGCAAAAUGGCUUCCAUCUCAGUGGACUCAUCACUCCGUAGUCCCAAUUGAAGGAACAUUUGGAUGCUUAGCACCGGAAUAUUUCAUGCAUGGUAUCGUUGAUGAGAAGACUGAUGUUUUCGCCUUUGGAGUGUUCUUAUUAGAAAUCAUUUCCGGAAGAAAACCCGUCGAUGGAUCUCAUCAAAGCUUACUUAGUUGGGCAAGGCCACUGUUAAUGAAUGAAGGAGAAGUAGAGAAGUUAAUAGAUCCAAGACUGGAAGGAGACUACGAUUAUACACAAUUGAAGAGAGUUGCCUUCACGGCAUCGCUCUGUAUCCGUACAUCUGCUACGUGGCGUCCUACAAUGAAUCAGGUAUUGGAAGUAAUGGUGGAUGAAAAAUUAAUAAAGGAAAACUGGAAAAUGCCAGAAGAAGAGGAAGAAGAAGAGUUUUGGGGUUUUGAAGAUUUAGAAUGUGAAUUUGGUAGCCCAUUUUCGACUUCCCCGGUGAAUUCGACAUCUUCGAUUUGUACUUAGUAUGAAACUUAGUUCUUAGUUCUGUAAAAGGAGGUUACAUAGUGGUGGUACUAUUAUCUUGAAUUAUGUACAUAACAUUUUGUGAGGUAGAAUAAGUUUGGGCUACAAAUUUCAGUUAUUACCAGGCCAUUUCCAUCUGUUAUUACCAGGCAUGAUCGAAAGUUGAUAAUAAUCCAAUUUUUAAUAUCAUAAACUUUUAGUA